CAUGGCCCUGGCUUAAAGCAAACGUUCUGGGCCACGGCCCGGUCGGAUAGACACCAUCCUGGGCCACGGCCCUGACAGAGGCGGGGCGCCUGCCGUCAGGCCUCCACGCGCUCGUACCCACUGUUCGCUACCGUAUUCCAUCGUAUCUCCCUUUUAUCGCUGCUCGCAACCACCAUGCCAGCUGGCUUUCUGCGAAUCCCAAGACUGGAACAGACGGGCGAGAUAAUGGGAGCAGCUGAGCUCGAGCUCCAAAACGCCGCUCUCAUCUUUCUUCUCCUUUAUUUUCCCUGUAUAUAUCAGCGAGGAAUCAGCAUGCAAGGCAGCGGCGGCGCGACCAUCUUGGACGACCUACCCGAGUGGGUGGUCGUCCACGAGAUCCUCGUCCGGCUGCCUGUGAAAGACGUGCUCCGCUGCCGCGCGGUCCGCGGGUCGUGGCGCGGCGGCACUUCCACGGACGCUUUCGUCCUCGACCACCAUGGCCACCAGCCCUCGCUCCCCAUCGUCAAACACGAAGACGCCAUCUGUCGCGUCGUCAGAGCCUCCAACAAUGAUCUAAAGAUACGGCCCUUCCUCCGAUACACACACAACGGCGUUAUACACCGUGCCACCUGCGAUGGCCUCCUCAUCGUGCGACACCAAUAUGAUUUCUACGUCUGCAACCCGGCCACCCGCAAGUGUGCCUCCCUGCCAUAUCCUCCACGACGACCAAACUUCCGGAUCAGCGUAGCCGGGUUCUACCGGCACCACACAUCUAGAGAACACCGAGUGCUUUGGGUGUCAUACCCCUCAUACACGAUGCCCGAUGGGAGCGACGUAGCAAUUGAGUUACUUGAGUAUUUCGUCCUCACGGUCGGAUCGGAUCAGCCAAGAUGCAUCCAGUGGCCGACAGUUCCAGAACAAAGGUUUAUUCCUGCUAUUUGGUUCUAUCAUUGUCCAGCAGUGCACCAUCGUGGUAGCCUGCAUUGGGCAAUGGGUCUCAACAUAACGGUAUUUGACACCAUAGCCGAGACAUUCCAGCAGAUGAGCCGCCCAACACAGCUGGGCGAUACGGUGUCAUUGGGGGAUAUGGAUGGCGCCCUAGCUUUGUGCUGCACCUCCUCUGAAUGUGUCACUACUUUAGAUGUUUGGGUGUUGCAGGACUAUGAUGCUGAAACCUGGGGCUUCAUGUACACGUUUAACUUGUUAGCGAUGGAGGCAUCACCACCGCUUGAUUUGGGGAUCAAAUAUGUUCCUAGUAUGGCAGUGAUCAACGAGCGUGAGAUGUUGAUUGAGCAGUGUCCUAGCCGUCUCUUGCAUUGUGACAUUGAUGGCGUAUUUUUAGGAAACGUGGAAAGUGAAGAGCAUGAAAACCACUUGGCACUUACUAGGCAUCGCUUCCAGGAGAGCAUGAUUUCACUUUUAUUGUUUGAGACACAAAAACAAGAAGCUGUGAACAAUGAGCCUCUAUUCGCUAUUGUGCUAUAAGAUGCCAUGCUCCAUCUUAAUGUUUUGGACUACUUGUGCACUUGUCGUGCCC